CAAACUCUUUCUUUUUCCUCUCUCUCUCUCUCUCUUCCCUUCUAUAUAAAGUCCCUCCCCACCUUCUCUCUAUUCCACCACCAUUAACUCAUUUCAUCAUCACCAUCAAUUCUCCAUAUCCACACUUCAACAAUUUCUCUCUCUCUCUCCCCCACCAAACCAUAGAAGAAGAAAAAUCCCCCCUUUCUCUCUCUUCGGAUUCGCUCGUUCUUGUGCGAAUCCAUCCAUCCAUCAAUCAAUCUGAGAUUCUUUGGAAGCUAGCUAGCUAGCUAUCUAUCUAUCUCUGGAGAAUUAGAAACAUACAGUAGAGAGAGAGAGAGAUGAUGAACAUGAUGAUGAUGGAGCAGCAACAGCAAUACUCAGCCGCCGGAAACACAAACAGCCCUAAUCAGCAGCAGCAGCAAAAUCAUAAUAACAGCAGCUCUGAGGCUGAAGAUGAAAUGGAGCUUCGAAGAGGGCCAUGGACGGUUGAAGAAGACUUCACCCUCAUCAAUUACAUCGCCCAUCACGGCGAAGGCCGCUGGAACUCCCUCGCCCGCUCCGCCGGUCUGAAGAGAACCGGAAAGAGCUGCAGGCUGCGGUGGCUCAAUUAUCUCCGCCCCGACGUCCGCCGUGGCAACAUCACUCUUGAGGAACAGCUCUUGAUCCUCGAACUCCAUUCCCGAUGGGGCAAUAGGUGGUCGAAAAUCGCGCAGCAUUUGCCCGGAAGAACCGACAACGAAAUAAAGAACUACUGGAGAACUCGUGUCCAGAAGCACGCCAAACAGCUCAAAUGUGACGUCAACAGCAAGCAAUUUAAGGACACCAUGCGCUACCUAUGGAUGCCACGAUUAGUCGAGAGAAUCCAAGCCGCCUCCGCCUCCGCCACCGCCACCGCCGGCGCCGCCGUCUCCUCCGCCCCACAAAACUCUAACAUCAAUCUUCACGACAACAUUUCCACAGCCGCAACGGAUCAUCAUCACCGCCAGAUUCUGCAGGUUCCACCGCCGGCCAACAUCGCCGCCGGAGUUAACCACCACCACCACCACCACACCUACACGCCAGAAAAUUCCAGCGCUGCGGCGUCGUCGGCGGACUCUUUCGGGACGCCGGUUUCCGACCUGACGGAGUGCUACAACAAUUAUCCGGUGAGUCAGCAGGGUCAAGAUUAUUAUCCGGCGGCGGCGGCGAGCCAGUUUUGUUACGGCGAUCAGUCGCUGACAAGUCCGACGGGUAAUUACUUCAACCUCGGGGUUGAAUUUAUGGAGCAGAGCAGCCAGUGGAUGGACGGCGGCGAUGUCUCCGACAACCUCUGGAGCGACGUCGAUGACAUGUGGUUCUUACAGCAGCAGCAGCAGCACAGCGGCGGCAAUGUCUACAACAGGGACAAGUUUAAUUAAUCGAAUCGAUCCUACCAAGCUACAGAAAAUAAGCAAAUUAAAUAUCCAUAGAAUAUUGAUUUUUAAUCUUUUAGCUUAAUUUGAAUAGUGUUUUAAUUUUAUUUUUUUAAUGUUUUUUUUUUUUUUUUUUCCUUUUCCAUUCUUUCUCUUCACAUAGAUUUCAAUUAAUUUAAAUUAAUUAGCUAGUGGGGGGGAAGAUUAAAAACUGUAACUUUAUCAGGGUUUUUGGAAUCAUUGUUUGUAAUUGAUGAUCCAUCAUUAUUAUA